GCGACCGAGCGAACCUGUGUCGGUGUGUAUCACAUUCGUGCUCGCUGCUCGCUUCCAUAAAAAUAUUUUUAUUUAUCAAAAAAAGCGCGCGGCACCGGGCGGCGCGCUAGUUCGGUGUGACUGUGUGACUGUGUGAGCGGGCGGCGCGCGGUAUCGACUAUCGACCUUGACAUUGCGAGCGAGGGAGACGCAAGAUGGACGAAAACGAACGCAUGGAUUGGUCGAUCAAAGCGAUGAUACGACUGCUGGACGAGUACAGGAAGCGGAGGGUGCUGUGGUGUAGGGCGCACCCCUUCUACAGAGAGCCCACCACCAAGUACGAGUCCUGGUCUGACCUGGCAGCGCAGUUCGACUGUCCCAUUGCAGAAAUACGGAAAAAGUUGAACUCAAUAUUAGCCUCAUAUCGUAGAGAGAAAAUCAAAAUACGCCACGGCGGCAAAACACACUGGUUCCUGUAUGACUAUUUGAAGUUCUUGCCGAACCACGUGGAGCGACCCUCGCACCCGGCGGCCGACAACAGCCCUCAACAUGUACCGGCCUCUUCAGAUUAUGCAACAGAAAUGAAAUCAGGCGAGUCAUCGGAUAAUAACGAAGAAGAAGUAGCAGGAGCAGAAGCAGAAGCAGCAGGAGCAGAUGCAGAAGAAGAAGCAGAAGAGGAGCAGAUGGAGGAACAUGAACAGGUAAUAAUAAAAGAGGAGCCGAGCACUUCGGACAUAUACGACGUGCCCGUGGCACAAGUGCAGGCACCACCCUCGCCACCCUCGCCGCCCUCACCGCCUUCGCCACCCGUGCAGCCCGCGCAACCGAGGAGACUAGGCCGACCCAGAUCGUACAUGAGGAGCAAACUGACACAGUCCAUGAAACGAAAGCUACCGAGGGACCACGACUCCCUCGAUGGCAAGCUCCUAGAGACUCUGAAGUUGUUGAAGAAGUCAGAACUGUCGCGGAAGAAAGACGAGUGCGACAGCUUCGGAGAGUACAUAGCGAUGUCGCUGAGGAAGCACGACGAGCGCACACAGAGCAUGAUCAAGCAAGCCAUCAACAACAUACUGUUCGAGCAGGAGAUGAGGUUGUACAGCGCGGGACAGUACACCGUGGUGCUCACCGGCACUGAGGAGAACCCACUCGUCUUUGAGACCAAAUGAACACUUGUGGUAUCUGUACUGUGUCUGUGUGUAGCAGCCGAUGUGGCACAAACUCUGAUCGGAUAGAAUAGAAAAAAUUAUUUAAUGGACAAUCUCCAUGAUUCAAUGAUCAAUUAAUUAUUAUAAACCUUAACCUUAUAUUUAUAAAGGUCUUCCACUCCAUUCUAUUUAAUUUUGUUCUGUUAUAUUCAAUACUAUGAUGCUAUUUCAUUUUAUUCGAUUCUAUUCUAUCCUGACCUAGUCUGUCCUGUCCUAUUCCGUUUCGUUCAAUUCCAUUUCAUCCUAUUUAUACGGUCAACGUUCAGGCCGCUAUUUUUUGAUUACCUGUGCUCUGCCCCUAAGUAUAUUAUGUGCUAUCGCAUUGUGUAUAGACUGAUUACAUGACUUAUAUAUUUGUAAGAAAAGUUUUCUUGUAAUGUAUAUGUAAGUAUAAUAUGGAUGUAGAUUUAAAUUAUUACUUUCAGUAACUUGAUGACUGCUCUGCGAGUUAAUUAUAUUAGCUCCUUAAUUAUACAUGCAUACACAUAAAUUGGAUAUGU